AUGUUGUCAUCAUGGGUUGGCAGUAACUGUUGCUUGUGGGAAAGAAUCUUAUGCCACAAAGUCACUGGAAAUGUGGAAGGCCUUUAUCUCAGAGGAGACAUGGCAUAUCUUUUUGAUCCUGAAAAUGAUGAUGGAAACUACCUAAUUGGUAAUGAGGUGAACUCUUCUUUGGAAGAGUUGAUUCAUCUGAAAUACUUGGACUUGAGUGGGAAUGAUUUUCAAGGAAGUAUGAUCCCUGAGUUUAUUGGAACCUUGAAGCAGUUGAGCUACCUCAAUCUCUCGUAUGCUGAUUUUCAAGGUAUUAUUCCUCAUCAUAUUGGGAAUCUUUCUAAUAUAAAGGUUCUUGAUCUAAGUUCAAACUUAGAGUUGAUAGCAGAUGAUAUGUCAUGGACACUUGGCCUUUCAUCACUCGAGCAUCUCGACUUAAGUUCAUUAGAUCUUAGUGGAACACAAAACUCGGACAUGGUGCUUUACAUGAUUCCUUCAUUAGAAUCGUUAAAUUUGCAUAGUUGUGGAGUUUCCAUUCCUUUUCUUAAUUCGAGUAGAAUACUUCCCAACAUCAAACACUUGGAUCUUGGCUUCAAUUCUUUCAAAACUUUUCUCCCUACAAUUCUUCAAAACAUGACAUCCCUUCAAUUCCUGGAUCUUUCUUCAUUUGAUCUUAGUUUCAUAGGAAGCCUUGUAACCUUGCUAAACAUGAUCCCUUCUUUAUCAGAAUUGCAUUUGUCAAAUUGUGGGAUUGAUAAGACGUUUCUAUCCACCCCUCAUCUUAAUCUCAGUACAUUUUAUGACAUCCAACAUCUGGAUCUUAGCGAUAAUUCAGUUGAAGGGACAUUUCCAUCACUUUUAACAAACAUGAGUUCCUUAAGAGUCCUUGAGCUUUCAGGAAACAUGUUGAAUUCAUCGGUUCCUAAUAUGCCUAAUCUUCUAGAGCUUGAUCUUUCAUCUAAUGAGUUUAAGCAGAUUGAACAUAUUGGAAUCUGGAGGCUUUGUCACUUGAAACAAUUGAGUGCAUCACAAAAUCCAAUUGAUAUAGAAAUUAUUGAAUCAUUAAAAAAUGUUUCAGAAUGCUCCCAUUAUGCUUUAGAGAGGUUGUUUUUACAGUUGAGUUUAAAUGGUACAAUUCCAGAACUACUUGGAAGGUUUACCGAUUUAAGUGGCUUACAUUUAUCUGGAAACAGAUUAACAGGUCCAAUUCCUGAAUCUAUAAGAAGCUUACAAUUUUUACAAGUAUUAGAUCUAUCUGAAAACAUGUUAACUGGUCACAUUCCAACAUUCCUUGGGAGACUUUCUUAUCUUGAUCUUUCUUCUAAUUUGUUAAAUGGGAGAAUUCCAGAAUCGAUUGGAGAAUUAUCCGAUUUAACAUAUUUGAAUUUGGGAUCCAAUCAGUUAAUGGGCCCCAUCCCAUCAUCUCUAGGAAGACUUGUUUCUUUACAAACAAUUUCAUUAUCUUCAAAUAUGUUAAAUGGGAAUAUUCCAGUUUCAUUUGGGCAACUUUUGAAACUCCGUUCUCUAGUUAUCUCUAACAAUUUUCUAGAAGGAGUAGUUUCUGAAGCUCAUUUUUCCGACCUUUCGAUGUUGAAGAAGUUGGAUGCUUCUUCUAAUCGUAAGUUGACAUUCAAUGUUUCACAUGAGUGGAUACCUCAAUUCAAAUUGGUAAGUCUUCGACUCAGUUCUUGCAAAAUCGAAAAAGGAUUUCCACAGUGGCUUCGAAAUCAAAGGGAACUUAAAACGUUAGUGUUGUCCAAUGCUUCAAUCUCAGGACCUCUUCCUACAUGGUUGCAGAAGAUGCCCAUCAUUCCUUACUUAGACCUCUCCCACAACAAACUCAGUGGUUCUUUGAUAAACCUUCCGAAUGGGGGGAAUUUCCAUGCUUCUGCAUACUGGGCGUUAUUUCUAGGAAAUAAUCUUUUCAAUGGGUCGAUUCCAAGGUCUUUAUGCAAGAGAGAUUUGGACUUUCUUGAUCUUUCCAAAAAUAAGUUAACAGGGAAAAUUCCUAACUGUUUUGAUAGUAUGAAAAGGUUGAUGACCAUGAUAUUUAGCUCAAAUCGGUUGUCUGGUGUUGUUCCAAAUACAAUAGCUCGUAAUUCGUUAUCAUUACUUCGAUUAAGUUUGAAUGACAACAGCUUUGUUGGUGAACUUCCUCAAGAAUUGGGGAAUUUAGGAGAUUUGUGUAUCUUAGAUUUGGGUGAUAAUGAAUUCUCUGGAAACAUACCUGAAUGGAUUGGGGAAAACCUUACAUCCUUGAUAGUUUUGAGGUUACACAACAAUAAUUUCAUCGGACGAAUUCCUCAAUCAUUGUGUAAAGCUUCAAAUCUUCAAAUUUUGGAUGUUGCUUACAACAACUUAACAGGAAUCAUUCCUCAAUGUCUUGGAGAGUUGAAAGCCAUGGUUAAUAGUAGCGGAGUACAUUCAAUGAUUAUCCCUUUUGAUUCUGAUGAGAACGUGUUUCAAGUCAUGAAAGGUGUUGAUCUUGAAUAUACAACAACAUGGGAUAUGGUUUUUAACAUGGACCUUUCAAGCAAUAAACUUGUUGGAGAAAUACCAGUCAAGCUAACCCAACUUGCAAUGUUGAUGGGUCUCAAUUUUUCAAAUAAUCAUCUCAAUGGGGGUAUUCCACACAACAUUGGAAACAUGAAAAAGUUAUUUUCUCUCGAUUUCUCUGGAAACGAAUUGAUUGGGGUGAUUCCUCCAAGCAUGGCAGCUUUGAAUUUUUUGAGUCAUUUGAAUUUGUCGUACAACAACUUGUCAGGAAAAAUUCCAACAGGGAAUCAAUUGCAGACCCUUAAUGACCCAACAAUUUAUGCUGGAAACAGCUAUCUAUGUGGAGCUCCAUUGUCAAGAAAUUGCUCAAAUCAUGAAGUCCCCACAAUAUGGCAUAACAACAAUACGAAGGUAUGGUUUUAUGCGGAUGUGAUGAGUGGUUUUACAACAGGGUUUUGGGGUGUUAUUGGAAUUUUGUUUUUCAAGAAGCAGUGGAGACAUAAUAUUUUCAUAUUUGCUAAGAAAACAAUAGAGAAGAUACAAGUCGUAACAAUUGCCAAGAUGAAGAGAGAAAGAGAAGCCUGA